CCUUAUCUGCAAGGACUUCCUGUCCCACCCACAUUCUCGUGUCGCUUCCGGGUGGCCCAACAAGCGUCUACUAGCAAGCCGUCGUUAUCUUAACGCUGUAAACAAAAGUUAGAAAACGGUUAAGCUUCCACAACACGUGAAACGAAAAGACAUGCAUAUCAAAACAGGUACAUGGGAAGCCAGCAACACCGUGUGUGAGUCCGAUACCCUGUGUGAUCCAGCAGUCCUUGUAGCAUCCACCAACUCCGAUCCCCACAUUCGCAACCGCCGCCUUUCCCCUGGCUCGGGCAACUUUGGAGGUGGUGGAGGCGGAGGCUGCAUCUCUGGUGGUGACCAACCGCCUCAGCAUCUUUCUGCCGAACGCGACCUCGCUGGACCCGACCACUCGCACGCUAUCGGCUUCCGCAGGGAAAAGGACCGCAAGGGCCAUCAGCACAAAGGCCGCAGCCUCCGAAGGGAAAGCCAGAAGGGGGUUGGCCGAGUAAGCGAGCGAGCACAGAAGGUUAACCAAAAGGAGAGGUGGGUGGAAGACAGUCUGUCACUGCUCAAGCCCCCACCUGCCUUCCCGGUGCAAGACAGCCCCGCCAAGCUGCAGCCUGCCGUCAGCUACGCAUCUAAGGUGAAGGCGGGAGCACUGAUUGGAGGGCUGGAGGAAGACCGCCCUGCCAUCGGUGUGCUGCUACAGAACCAGUGGGGUCUCAGUUUUAUCAGCGAAGCAAGACCAUCUACAGAAGCCUCCGGGCUUGGACCCGCCACCAUUGCCCUCCCUCCUCAGCCCACAGGCUCCGAACAGUCAGCAGGCGAACAGUUUGAGACAGUCCUCACAGGCCAGCCUCCAGAAGACGGGUCUAGUCCAGUCACUACCUCCAUUACCCCCACCACACUCCCACAGGUGGAAUUGAGCAACGGGAAGCUGCUGCUUAGUUGCCGUCAUCUGGUGGAGGCGCUGCACUAUCACAGUAAAGAAUGGAAUGCUAUCUGCAACAAACAGAAAAAGGUUCCAAAACAAGUUAUCUGGUACAAGGACACCUAGGAGCCCCCUGCCUAGCAGUGUGACAUGCACAAACACGCGCAAAGAUGGACAAUUGUAUGAGUCCCGUUUUCACACACUUUAAAGGACAAUUGUACGAGUCACAUUCUAACCCCCACACACACACACACAAUGAUGUCUUCACGCAAAGCCACACUGAGACACUUUGGACUAACUCUUGAGAUCUUACAGCAAUGGACUUUUUAAACGCCUUACAGAAAACCUGCCUUAAUUAAUAAGAGCUGUUUUCAUAACCUCAUUACCAUUUUUAGCUUGUCUGUGUGGAACUGGUCAUUUAUUUUUCUUUUUAAACUCUUUGCUCGGCUGUAAUUUAAUUUCCCCCUCACCUUUUUGAAAUUUGUUGAAAUCGCUGUUUGUCUUCUGUAAAGCGAGUGGUCAAUCAAGCACUUUGUCCAAAAAAAAUUGACCAAUCUGUGUGACAAACCCUCACCCACUCAAAUAGAAACAGAAGAAUGUCUUAUACGUACUAAGAGUUUUAUGGUAAAUGUAUGCUUGUGUCAUCAGUUUACAGGGGGGGGGGGGGGCGCACAGUCAAAGGCGGAGUUCACCCUUUACCCAUCAGAUCUUAAUGCUGUGUCCUUUUGUUUUUAUUUGGUUCCCCAGUUGGGUGAAUAUUACUGAUAAAUCCAUAAGGGAUCUUACUGUGUUCAGUAUAUUGAUUUUUGAAAAGAAAAUGUAUUGAAUAAAAAAUUUACACUGGAGGAGACAUGUAAGUGAACAGUAUUGCUUAAUAAAAAUGAAUGAACUUGAACAGUU